UGGCGGCGCCGGGAGAAGCGGCGGAUGGAGGCGGCGGGCGGCGGCGGAGCGGCGGGCGGCAUCGCCCUGCACGACUUCAGCGGGCAGCUGGGCGAGCAGCGGGUGCACUUCCACGCCAUGCGGCUGCGGGACUCGCUCUUCCUCUGGGUGGGCGCCGCGCCCGCCCUGGCCAGCCUGGCCGUCGCCAUGUGCAGCCCCCGUGACAGCAUCCCGGUGGCCGCCUCUCUCCUGGGGGACCCCUCGGACACCGCCUCCUCCUGCCUGGCGCAGCGCUUGGCCAGCAAGACCAAAAAGCAGAUAUUUGUGAGCUACAAUCUUCAAAACACAGACAGCAAUUUCACCUUACUCAUAGAAAACAGGAUCAAAGAAGAAAUGACAGCUUUUCCAGACAAGUUCUGAUUGCGCAUCAUUGUAAAAGAAGAUGAAGGUUUUGUUUCAGAAAAACUGAUUUCAAUUUUCACACUGACAUAAAGUUAGUAUAUUUCU